UGCUGGCCAGUUGCCCAUUUCUCAUUAGCGAAUAUCAUCUUUAUUUUUUUUUUACAACUAGCCUACAGCUUUGCAGGCCAUUCCAGUGGCCAUCAUCCGGUCAUGGCCUGAGUUACGGUACUGUGCUUCCUCCUCUCUUGAUCUCUCUCCGACAGUGGCCGCCGAACACUCGGUGUGCGUGACCUGGAGAGACCCGGACCCCGUGUCUGAGCUCGCUCUCCUGGGGAGCACGCGGACCUGCCUGAGGAGCCAUCCCAUCGCUCGCGCCCAGCCCCGCCGGGUGCUCUUCCAUAAUUCGGUCAAUGUUGACGACACUGAAGUCAUGCUGCCCAAAUCCAGGAGAGCGCUCACCAUUCAAGAGAUCGCUGCACUCGCAAGAUCGUCACUACACGGUAUCUCUCAGGUUAUGAAAGCCCACGUGACCAAGCCCACGGCGAUGGCUCAGGGUCGAGUGGCCCACCUGAUUGAGUGGAAGGGCUGGUGCAAGCCCACUGACGCGCCCAACUCCCUAGAGAACCACCUCUCCACAUAUUCACACCUCACGGAGGGAGAACAAGAGGCACGCUUCGCCGCAGGAGUAGCAGAGCAGUUUGCGAUAGCGGAGGCGAAGUUGAGAGCCUGGUCUUCAGUAGACGGAGACGACUCCAUCGAUGAUUCCUAUGAUGAGGAGUACCAGCCAGCCAACGAGCCUACCACACAAAGCACAGUUUAA